AUGUCGAAGAUGUUGUCCCUUCGCUCCGCUGUGCGGAGAGCUUCCACGACACCCCUCCGAUCUUUCUCCGCACCGCACACUCCCCUCCGUGCUGGUCUCUCAGCUGGCCUCAAGGUGUCCACCGCUCGCUCAAACGCGCGUGGCUACUCUCGUUCUGCCGACCCUCACCUAACCUCCACUCGCAACACCGUUGUGCAGCUGCUGAGCAACAUCGGCUCCAAGCGUGAGGUUCAGCAAUACCUCUCCCACUUCACCUCCGUCUCCUCCCAGCAAUUCGCCGUCAUCAAGGUCGGUGGUGCCAUUAUUACCGAGCACCUGCAGACCCUCUCCUCCGCUCUCGCCUUCCUGAACCAUGUCGGUCUUUACCCCAUCGUCGUCCACGGCGCUGGUCCCCAGCUCAACAAGAUGCUGGAGGAUGCUGGUGUUGAGCCCCAGUUCGAGGAUGGUAUUCGCGUGACGGACGGUAAGACCCUCUCGUUGGCCCGUAAGCUGUUCCUCGAGGAGAACAUGAAGCUGGUUGAGGAGCUGGAGCGUAUUGGUAUCCGUGCCCGCCCUCUGACCGCCGGCGUCUUCUCCGCCGACUAUCUCGACAAGCCGAAGUACAACCUCGUCGGCAAGAUCAAUGGCGUCAACAAGAAGCCCAUUGAGUCGGCCAUCGAUGCUGGCUGCUUGCCCAUCCUGACUUCCAUGGCCGAGACCCCCGAUGGCCAGGUCCUGAACGUGAACGCAGACGUCGCAGCCGGUGAGCUGGCCCGCGCUCUGCAGCCGCUGAAGAUUGUCUACCUCGCCGAGAAGGGCGGUCUCUUCAACGGUGACACCGGCGAGAAGAUCUCCGCCAUCAACCUGGACGAGGAGUACGACCACCUGAUGACUCAGUGGUGGGUUCGCCACGGUACUCGCCUCAAGAUCAAGGAGAUGAAGGACCUGCUCAGCGAUCUUCCCCGCUCCUCCAGCGUUGCCAUCAUCCACCCCGCCGACCUUCAGAAGGAGCUGUUCACCGACUCCGGUGCUGGUACUCUGAUCCGCCGCGGCAACAAGAUCCACGUCAAGACCUCCCUCUCCGAUAUCGAGGAUCUCCAGAAAUUGAAGGAUGUCCUGGUGCGUGAUCGUGAGGGUCUGGAUGCCCGUGCUGUGGUCGACCGCUAUGUCGAGGGCCUGAAGGAGAACAACUUCAAGGUCUACUAUGACGACCCCAUGGAGGCUCUUGCUGUUGUCCUGCCUCCUCAGCAAGGCUCCGUGGUCGCCCAGCUUGCUACUUUUACCAUCACCAAGUCUGGCUGGCUCACCAACGUUGCCGACAAUGUCUUCCAGAGCCUGAAGAAGGACUUCCCCAAGCUGGCCUGGACUGUCAAGGAGGACGACGAGAACUUGACCUGGUUCUUUGACAAGGCUGAUGGCAGCCUUAGCCGCGAUGGCCAGGUCCUUUUCUGGUACGGUGUCGAGAACGGCGAGGAGGUCAAGCAGCUGGUCCAGGAGUUCACCAAGAACGGCCGUCAGAUGUUUGGUGACAUUAACCUCGAGUCCCGCCUCCACCGCGCUCACCAGGAGGCUGCUACCAAGUUCGCCAAGGGCCACGGCGUCAGCGGUGCUUCUGCCGAGCAGAAGCGUGCUUUCUCCUCGACCUCCAACGCCCUCCGCGCUUCUCGUAAGAACGCUUCCAACGCAACUCCCGCCAAGGUUGCUCUCAUUGGUGCCCGUGGCUACACCGGCCAGGCUCUGAUCAACCUAUUGAACGCCCACCCCAACAUGGAUCUUCGUCACGUCUCUUCCCGCGAGCUGGCUGGCAAGAAGCUCCAGGGCUACAACAAGCGUGAGAUCAUCUACGAGAACCUCAGCCCAGAGGACGUCCGCAAGAUGUCCGAGAACGGCGACAUUGACUGCUGGGUCAUGGCUCUCCCCAACGGUGUCUGCAAGCCCUUCGUCGACGCUGUCAACCAGGGUUCUGAGAAGGGAAAUGUCAUCGUCGACCUCAGCGCUGAUUACCGCUUCGAUAACCAGUGGACCUACGGUCUGCCCGAGUUGAUCGACCGCUCCCAGAUCGCCCGUGCCACCCGCAUCGCCAACCCGGGCUGCUAUGCCACCGCCGCCCAGCUCGGUAUUGCUCCCCUUGUCCCCUUCCUUGGCGGCCAGCCCACCACCUUCGGUGUGUCCGGUUACUCGGGUGCCGGCACCAAGCCUAGCCCCAAGAACGAUGUCAACUACCUCACCAACAACCUCAUCCCUUACAGCUUGACGGACCACAUCCACGAGCGCGAGAUCAGCUCUCAACUCGGCACCAGCAUUGCUUUCAUUCCCCAUGUCGCGGUCUGGUUCCAGGGUAUCUCUCACACCAUCAGCAUUCCCCUCUCGAAGGAGAUGACCUCUCGGGAUAUCCGCAACCUCUACCAGGAGCGCUACGCCGGUGAGAAGCUUGUCAAGAUCACCGGUGAGGCCCCACUGGUCAAGGACAUUGCCGGUCGCCACGGCGUUGAGAUUGGUGGAUUCGCUGUCCACUCUAGCGGCAAGCGUGUUGUUGUUUGCGCUACCAUCGACAACCUGCUCAAGGGUGCCGCUACCCAGUGUCUUCAGAACAUGAACCUUGCCCUGGGCUACUCCGAGUACGAGGGCAUUCCCCUGGAAUAA